CCUCUUCACCCACCCUUCUCGGCAGCGUCGCGCUCACCCAACGCCGCCGGAAUCGCCGCCUCCGUCGACCGGGGUUUCGCUCCCCGGCCGCCUCUCUCGGUCAGGCUAUUCCCUAGAAGUGCAUGGAAGAGCCACCAAAGGACAAUGGGCAAUCGUCCGGUGGUGCUGAUCCUGAGAUGGAACCCAUGAUACUGGAUGAUGGUAUAGAAGGAAUAUCCCAUAGCAUGGAUGAUGCAAAUGGACAUUCCUCUAUGGAUGUUGACAGAGGACUCCAUUCUGUGGAUAUUAUGGGAUCAUCCAUGGGUGAUGAUGGUAAAGGGAAGCACAACUCACAUGCACAAAUUCCAAUUGACAUGAGUAUUCCAAGCCUAGAGAAAUUCUGCAAAGAAGCAUCAAGGUCCUUCUUUGAUGAGAUUGGUCUAAUCAGCCAUCAGAUAAAUUCUUAUAAUGAUUUUGUCGCAUACGGGCUCCAGGAACUUUUUGAUUCUCUUGGGGAAGUGACUGUGGAGCCUAGUUAUGAUCCUUCAAAUAGAGGACCAGGUGGUUGGAGACAUGCUAUCAUCAAGUUUGGAAGAGUGAAACUAGAAGAACCAGUAUUUUGGGCUCAUGGAUAUGAUAUUGAUGAAGAAUCACUCAAACUGAAGCCAAGGCACGCUCGCCUACAGAAUAUGACAUAUUCUUCCAAAAUGAAGGUGGAAGUUCAUAUCCAGGUUUACUCUAUGGAGAAGAGUGACAAGGCUAAAACAGGGAAUGAUAAAUUCAGUUACAAGAAAGACAUUAUUAACGAAACUCACUAUAUAAAUUUUGGCCGCCUUCCAGUUAUGGUUAUGUCAAAUUUAUGUUGGCUCCACAAACUCAAGGAAAGUGAUUGCCAAUUUGAUUCUGGUGGAUACUUUUUGAUCAAGGGAAUGGAGAAGGUAUUUAUUGCGCAAGAGCAAAAAUGCCUGACUAGGAUUUGGGUUGAGGAACGUCCAUGCUGGACAGUCUCUUUCUUGUCUGCAAUCAGAAGAAGGCGUAUAUAUAUAAAACUAAUUGAUUCUACAAAGAAUGAAGAUAGAAAAAUCAUUUCCAUCUCCUUUUUGUAUGCAAAUAUGCCAAUCUGGUUGAUGUUUUUUGCACUAGGCAUAACAUCAGAUAAAGAUGUCUUUGACGUGAUAGAUAUGCAAGAUUGUGAUGCUUGUGUUAUCAACACAAUUUCUGCAACUAUUAAAGAAUCAGAUGAAUUGUGUGAAGGCUUCCGUAAAUCAGAUAGAGCCCGGCAGUAUGUUGAUGAAUUGAUCAAGGAUUCAAAAUUUCCUCCUGGAGAGCCAUUUGAUGAUUAUGUUGCUAGAUAUCUCUUCCCUGGCAUAAGUGGGAACAGGAACAAAGCACUUUUCUUAGGUUACAUGGUCAAAUGCCUUUUAAUGGCUUUCACUGGGAAGCGCAAAUGUGACAACAAGGAUGAUUUCCGGAACAAGAGGUUGGAUCUAGCUGGUGAAUUGCUUGGAAGAGAACUUCGUGCACAUAUUAGGCAUGCAGAGAGGCUCAUGGUUAAGGCCUUGCAGAGAGAUUUAAAUAGUGACCGUGAGUUACAAGAGCUUGAUCGUUAUCUGGACGCUUCAAUUAUUACUAAUGGUUUGAACCGGGCCUUUUCCACUGGUUCUUGGUGCCAUCCCUACAAAAAAAAUGAAAGAUGUGCAGGAAUUGUUGCAACACUAAGGAGAACAAAUCCACUUCAGAUGAUCUCAGACUUGAGGAAAACCCGCCAGCGGGUUGCUUAUGCUGGGAAAGCUGGUGACGCAAGAUAUCCAAAUCCAUCCUACUGGGGAAAAUUGUGUUUUAUGUCCACACCUGAUGGUGAGAACUGUGGACUUGUGAAAAAUCUAGCUGUUACAGCUGUUGUUAGCUCCAGAGUGGCACAACCAGUGAUUAACAGGUUCAUUUCUUGUGGAAUGAAUAAGCUGCAUGAAAUUCCUACGGAGGAGGUUCCUAAAAUGGACAAAAUAUUCCUGAAUGGGGAUUGGGUUGGGUCCUGUACUGAUCCGGCUUCAUUUGUCUUGCGUUUAAGGUGCAUGAGACGCAGUGGUCUGAUUGGUCCACAGGUUGAAAUAAAAUGGGACAAGCACCAAAGGGAAGUUCGGGUAUUUUCUGAUGCAGGUCGAAUCCUCAGACCCUUACUUGUGGUUGAAAAUCUCAAUAAAAUAAGGAGACCGAAAGGUGGUUCAUAUUCAUUUCAGUCACUAAUGCAACAAGAAAUAAUUGAGUUUAUUGGCGUUGAAGAAGAGGAAGACACAAAAAGUGCAUGGGGAAUCAGGCACCUAUUUGGUAGUGAAGGAGAAAAGGCUGCCCUGGUAAAAACAAACAGAACAGAGGAUGCCUUCACCAUUAGAAGGGACAUAGAAGAGGGGGUUUCAGGUUAUACGCACUGUGAACUGGAUCUUUCUUUUCUGCUAGGAUUGAGUUGUGGUAUUAUCCCUUUUGCAAACCACAAUUUUGCUCGAAGGGUACUUUACCAAUCAGAAAAACAUUCACAACAAGCUAUUGGAUACUCUACAACAAAUCCACACAUCAGAGUUGAUACCCUUUCCCAUCAACUUUACUACCCUCAGAGACCCCUUUUCAAAACAGUGGUAGCUGACUGCAUUGGUAGAUCAGAAUAUACUUUUGGGAGAAAGGAUGACUUUGCCAGACCAGAAUAUUUCAAUGGCCAAAAUGCCAUAGUGGCAGUGAAUGUUCAUCAGGGGUUUAAUCAAGAAGAUUCUCUCGUUAUGAACAGGGCCUCUCUUGAACGUGGCAUGUUUAGGACUGAGCAUUUCAGGAACUAUAAGGCUGAAGUAGAGAACAAAAGUGCGCCAGGUGGCAACAAAAGACUCAAAAUGAAGGAUAAGAUAGACUUUGGUAAAAUGCAAAGCAAGAGAGGGCGUGUUGACAAUCUUGACGAUGAUGGAUUACCAUAUGUUGGUGCAAGUCUUCAGAGCGGUGACAUUGUCAUUGGAAAGGUCUCAGAGUCUGGUGAAGAUCAUAGUAUUAAGCUGAAGCAUACUGAAAAGGGUAUGGUGCAGAGGGUAUUGCUUUCAGCUAAUGAUGAGGGGAAGAACUUUGCAGUUGUUACUCUAAGACAGGUUCGAUCACCUUGCCUUGGAGACAAAUUUUCAAGCAUGCAUGGCCAGAAAGGUGUAAUUGGUUUUCUAGAAUCACAGGAGAAUUUCCCUUUUACGUGCCAAGGAAUAGUACCGGAUAUUGUGAUAAAUCCGCAUGCCUUUCCUACCCGUCAAACUCCAGGUCAGCUUCUUGAAGCUGCUUUGGGGAAGGGAAUUGCCCUGGGUGGUACAAUGAGAUAUGCUACACCAUUCACAACAGCAUCGUUUGAUGUGAUCACGGACCAAUUGCACAAGGCUGGAUUUUCGAGAUGGGGGGCUGAAAGUGUUCUUAAUGGACGAACUGGUGAAAGGAUGCACUCGUUGAUUUUCAUGGGUCCUAACUUUUACCAGAGGCUGAUACAUAUGGCAGAAGAUAAGGUAAAAUUCAGGAACACAGGGCCAGUGCACCCCUUAACACGCCAACCUGUUGCUGACAGGAAAAGGUUUGGGGGAGUGAAGUUCGGAGAAAUGGAGCGUGACUGCCUCCUUGCCCAUGGGGCAGCAGCCAAUCUCCAUGAGCGGCUCUUCAUGCUUAGUGACUUCUCCCAGAUGCAUAUCUGCCAGACGUGCGAACGUGUGGCAAAUGUUAUCAUGAGGCCUGUCCCUGGAGGAAAGAAGAUCCGGGGGCCAUACUGUGGGUUCUGCCGCUCUUCAGAAAACAUAGCAAGGAUCAAUGUGCCCUACGGAGCAAAGCUGCUUUAUCAGGAGCUAUUCAGCAUGGGGAUCUGCCUUAGAUUUGAGACAGAAGUCUGCUAGAACUUCAAAUCUACUAUCGACUCACCAUGUAUAUAUCCUUGUUAUCCUAUGGAGAUUCUGUCAUGGACAUUUAGUGAUGUAGCCAGAUGACUUCUCUUCCAGUUGGACGAUGGCAUAGCGAGGAUGGGUGAAUCAGAACUCUGAUAUCUGCUGAAACCUUUUAGUAUGUGUUUUGUUUAUGGACUAGUUAGGAUAGGCAAGAGCCAUCCUAGGAUCGUGGGAUGUGUUGUUGAACCCUGGUCUUUGUUUGGUAGAAACGGCGUGUGAGAGAUGGGACAGCGUUGCAUCCACCGUCAGUACCACCCCUGCCACCGCAACCAUAUCUUGCCAUCACUAUUCACUGGUGACCUUGCCACCGCCACCACCCAUUUCCUCCUACAUCCUGCCUUCUCUGUUCUGUUAUCUGGGUUGUGGCAUGUGAAGAAGUGAUGUUCAGCAAGAAUCAGAAGUGUUUCUUUCGCGGUUUCGACCUGACCCAAUCGUGUUUGCUGGAUGGACUUGCGUGACCCAAUCAUGGCAACUGGCUGGUUGGCUGCUCAGGGCUCAGGCUCGACUCUGGAACGCGUAAUAUCGGCUGAGGUUAAACAGAAAUCUCUUCUGCGAUUUUGCAUUGCAUUGUAUAACUGAUGGGGUUGCUUGCCUCUCGGAUGUGCGCAUUCUGCCCUCUACUUCAGCUCACUGGCACACUGCUUUACUCUCAAGCUCAAGGGAAAAAAAAAUUGGAAUAAUGACCUUUCGAUCUCUAAAGGGCCACAUGAUGACAUGAAUGAUUGAAGUCACACAUUUGCAUUUCUUGAGGGGAUCACAUCCGAAAACACACAAAUAAACAGGAGUAACUAACGAGAUCAAGAAACACAAAUAAGCUCUUUAAUCAUAAACGAUUUAUUUCCUUUGAUACAAUCCAGCUACGGCAUACAUGAGGAUAGCGAGAGACAAAUCCGUCUCCCCAUGGACAAGCACGAAAAUCAUCAAAAUCAAAUCCGCUCUACCUGAAGAUGAAAACGAGAGAACCAAGAAGUGAAUGGGGGAACUCCAUCUGACGCAACCUCUCCUCCUACAGGCUACACAGCUUGAGGAAGAAUAGUUCUUGAUGCAUCUUGGCUUUAGGAAUGUUCCUUCACCAAAGCUACUUAUACUGCAAAUAUCUCUCCUUUCCUCCUCUCCUCAUAAAGCUGGAACCUAGCCUGCUAUUUGGACAUGCUUUGAAAGUGGUCAGCUGGGGUCUGAAAGAUGUCCUUGCAAUGACGAGGAUUGCAUACAUUGAACCUGGACGCCUUCACCUUUUUUCCCCUCCUUUUUGAGCAUAUGGUUUUGGGACUUGGGAAUAUGACUCAUCAGAUUAUCUGGUGGCAGAGAAAAUCCUAUUGUUUAUGUGUGUCCCAACCUUUUCUUUUCUCUUUAUGCCGCCUGCCCAUACAGUCAUAUAUGCAUAAUGACACACAAGUAUAGCCCAUUAGAUUUGGACAAAUUUAAUAAUUAAAGAUGCCAUAUUAGGUAGUGUGUUUUCGCAUUGUUUAUCUGUAUGAUUGGUUCCUUCUAUCACUGGUGAGCCUGUGGCACCCACCAGGUCACCGACAUGCAAAAGACAACUGAAUAUAUGUAGUUUAUGUUUGCUCAUACAUGAUGAUCUGAU